GUGUCCUAUGACUCUCAAGUCUCAAAGUACUGUUAAUAGGAUUCGUACCAUCCCAGGGAAGUGUCUAGGUUCAACGAACCUAACAAUACCACUACUCUCCCUCCCACCUGAAUAGCUAUUUAACCCACGAGACACACAAAGAAAGAAUGACAGUGACAGAGAGAGAAGCGUGCUUUGCUAGCUAGAAUUCCUUCUUUUGUCUUUGUCUGUUGCUGCCUCUUCUUUCACACUUGUUUCAUCUUCUUCUUCUUCUGCAAUCUCUCAGCUAAAUGGUACUAGCGAAGGAAGAUAUUGGAUGAAACCCAUUCAUGUAGAGCCUAAGAGGAGCGAGCUAACAGUUCCUCUAGCAACCACAUUGGCUACUCCUGUGAUGGUUGAGAAGGUUGAUGAAUGUCCCAAAAAUGAUCAUACUGAUAAGCUGGCUAAGGAUCUUCAAGGAGCUUCUCCCCUAGAGAUUGAAAAAGAUGAUCGUUUUGAAAAAGCCGGAGAUGAUGCUACUGUAACUUUAAGAGCUGAGGAUGUCACUUUGAUUGAAGCAUGGUUAUUUGAUGCUGGGAUCACUGGCCUAAAAGAAUAUCAGUCCUCGGAAACUACAGAAGGCACUCCGGUUAUUCCAGUAGACCCUUCACUUGAAGGAAGAGAUGGUGGGAUUGGCAGAUUGUUGAAGUCGAAUGCAGUGGCAGAUGUGGAAAACCAAGAAUACUGGAGCUUCCUUCUAGCCAUAAAUGUGCUAUUUAACAGUAUUCCUUUUCAUGGAUAUAAUUCAUUUGGGUAUGAGAAGGAAGGGAUGUGGUGGUGGGAGGAAACGGAUCAGGCUAAGGAGUGUGGCCUAUAUAAGGCUAUGGAAUUGGAUCAUUUGACGGUCUUUUGAGAAUGGCUUCCAUUGAUCUUCUUGUACAGAACUAGAAUCACUGAGCAGCAGUGAGAUGCAUCCAUUUAAGUGCUGCUUUUGCUGCAAUGUGCUUGGUAAUGAUCCUAUGUUCUUGUACUUACAAUAAGAAGAGUUCCCCUUUACAACUUCAAGUUUGUAACCUUUUGUGAUCGUGAAUUGCAGACUGUAAACAUGGUCCAAAAGUCUAUCUGCCCCUUUGUCCUUGUGUUUUCACAAAACUAAAUAGUGGAAGGCAAACAUAGGGAGCAUUAAUUAAUUGUAGUGGUAGUGAUGAAUUUACUCAUCCUAUCGUAUCUUAAACAAGAAUAUGCUUGUUAAAAUUAGAAGUUUCAUGUACUAGAAUAUUGUGAGUUUUCUUUUCUUCAAUGGUGAGAAAGACUUCCAAGUUUUAAUUUUAA